UUGACCUUGUUGUUACUACUGUUUGUUGUUGUUUUGUUACAACUGGCUAUUGUUCAGAGUAGCUGGUUCUUCAUUGAGAAAUCCACCACCAUGAGCUGCUGCAGCGACAGACCAGAAGCGGUACCCAAUCCAGAAGGUGAAGAUCUUGUGCCUAGAAGCGCUUGGGAGAGAUCCGCUCAAGCUCUUGCUGCGUAUGAGAGAGAGGAGAGCCACACAGAUCCAUCAUCGUCAGAGGUGCAGCCAGAGGGCAGUGAGUCCUCCAUCCCAGAGCACAAUGUCUCAACUGUGCUCACUGUUCUCCCCAAGGAGGAAGAUGUAUUCUGCUCGCUCAACCCACCAGAUGCAAUCCCUGGUCCUCCCAUGCAUCCCAGAACUCCAUCACUCCCUGCCUCCAGUGCCACAAGCCACCAUGGCAGUGAUGGAACCCCACUGCUGCACAGUACAUCUACGAGUGCAAGCAAUGCUGCAUUCCUUGGACACAAAAGUGGUCAGGCUUUGCCCCCUGUUGAACAUGCUGCUUCAAAUGAACAGACCUUGGAACACAUCAGUAGAGCAAUUAAGCAAGACCUGAGAAAGUUCCUCUGCCCAAUUGUCCAUUUCACCAUUAAUUACUGGGAGACUGGACCAACCACAGGCUGUCUGGUUUUCAUAGCACACUGGGCUGUGAACAAUGGUUCAAUUCUGUGCAGGCGCCAGGCAGUGAUGAUCAUGUGUGAGGCUGAGCAGAGCAACUUGACUGAAAUCAUACUCCAAAGAGUAAAGAGGGCGAGGGACAAGUGGUUCCAUCCCAUGCAGCUGCAAGUGGGGUAUGUGGUGACACCUACAAUGGCAGUGCCACAGGCAGUGGGGGAUUGUUGUCUGGGAUGGUUUGCUUCCCCUGUUGACUGCUUGGGCCAGCUGAUAAAAGGAGUUAUGGAAAAGGUGAGAAAUGAAGACUUUCUCAUUUUAUGGGUUUGGCAAGUCCUAUGCAAAGUCAGCAUUCACUUUGAGCAAUCCCCAGUGGCUCACAAACGCCUAAGAGAAUUGCAGUUGCUGUGUCGUCUCCCCCAGGAACUUCUUCAUGAGAAGAUGCCAAAGCCAUCAAAUAAUCUCUUUCUCUUUCUGGAGUUUCUACUUGCCCGGCGAAAGGCAUUCAGUGCUCUUGAGCCAGAGAUCCCUGGCCUCUUCUUUACACGUCAGGAUUGGUGCCUGAUGCGCCAUCUGGCCUGCCUCCUGAAGCCCUUUGAAGAGACCAUCACUGCAAUUCAGAAGGAAGAUGCUAACCUAGGCCAAGUCCUUCCUGAGCUCCAGUUGCUUGAGGACAAGGUAAAACGAUGCUUCCUGCUGCUGCAGCACGAGUCAGAUGUUACUGUUUCUGCUGCUGCUACUCGCUUUGCCACUGAACUGCUGAAAUCUCUGGAAAACCAUAGUAAGCUAGGUAUAGACAGAGAAAACCUUCUGUACCAGACUGCAACCUUGCUUCAUCCCUGCUUCAGGGACCACAUCCAUAAAUACCUGAAGGGAGACAUAGAGAAGAAAAAGUGGGAAUUGAAGGUUUGGGUGACACAGCAGAUUGAGAAGGAAUACUUUAAUUUGUCUAGUGUUUAUGUAACUCCUUCUUUGACUGAGACAGCAAGCCAAGAACUGGAAUCCUACCUUCAGGACAACAUAGACCCUGCUUUUUUACAUAUGGAUCCCCUGGUCUACUGGAUCAAAAAAAGGGACAUCUGGCCAUCCCUCUCUAUGGUGGCAUUCCGGUAUUUCUCAUGCCCUCCCGCCCCUCUCAUUUUGAGGGAAGGCCUUGGUAUUGAAGACUUGAUGAUAGCAGGAAGAUGUGAGCUUACCCCCAUGAGAAGCUUAGGCGACAGACCAGAAGAGGCAACUAAUCCAGAAGUUGAAGACCUUGUGCCUAGAAGCCCUUGGGAGAGAUCCCCUCAAGCUCUUGCUACGUAUCAGAGAGAAGAGAGCCACACAGUUCCACCAUCUUCAGAGGUGCAGCCAGAGGGCAGGGAGUCCGCCAUCCCAGAGGUGCAGCCAGAGGGCAGCGAGUCCUCCAUCCCAGAGCUCAAUGUCUCAGCUGUGCCAAGUGUUCUCCCUGAAGAGGGAGAGGCAUUCUGCUCAGUCGGCCAACUAGAUGCAAUCCCUGGUCCACCCAUGCAUCCCAGAGGAGCUUCACUCUCUAUCUCCAGUACCAAAAGCUAUGAUGGCAGUGAUGCAGACCCAAUGCUGCACUAUACAUCUGCGAGUGCAAGCAAUGCUGCAUUCCUUGGACACCAAAGUGGCCAGGUUUCGUCCCCUGCUGCACAUGCUGCUUCAAAUGAACUAGAUUUAGAACACAACAUUAGUAGAGCAAUUGAGCAAGGCCUGAAAAGGUCACUCUGCCCAGUUGUCCAUUUCACCAUUGAUGUGCGGUCCACAGGACCAGCCACAGGAUACAUGUUUAUCAAAGCACACUGGGUUGUGGACUACAAUUUCCGUUUGCGCCGGUGCCAGGCAGUGAUGCUUGUGUGUGAGGUUGAGCUGAGCAACUUGACUGAAAUCGUACUCCACAGACUAAAGGAGGUGAGGGACAAGUGGCUUCGUCCCCUGCACCUACAAGUGGGGUAUGUGGCGACACCCACCAUGGCAGUGGCACAGGCAGUGGGAGAGUGUUGUCUGGGGUGGGUUGCUUCCCCUAUUGACUGCUUGGGCCAGCUGAUAAAAGGAGUUAUGGAAAAGGUGAGAAAUGAAGACUCUCUCAUAUCAUGGCUUUGGAAAGUCCUAUGCAAAGUCAGCACUCACUUUGAGCAAUUCCCAGUGGCCCACGACCGCCUAAGAGAAUUCCAGUUGCUGUGUCGUCUCCCCCAGGAACUUCUUCAUGAGAAGAUGCCAACACCAUCAAAUAACCUCUUUCUCUUACUGGAUUUUCUACUUGCCCGACAGAAGGCAUUCAUCAAAUUUGCGCAGAAAAACACUGAGUUCUACUUUUCACGUCAGGUCUGGCGCCUGAUGUACUAUCUAGUCUGCCUCCUGAAGCCAUUUGAAGAGACCAUCAUUACUCUUUCUAAGGAAAAUACUAACCUUGGCCAAGUCCUUCCUGAGCUCCAGUUACUUGAGGAGAAGGUAAAAGGAUGCUUCCCGCUGCUGCAGCAAGAGUCAGAAGUUACUGUUUCUGCUGCUGCUACUCGCUUUGCCACUGAGCUGCUGAAAUCUCUGGAAAGCACCAAGGACCUAGGAACAGGACUUAGAAAAGACAUUCUUUACCAGACUGCAACUUUGCUUCAUCCAUACUUCAGGGACCACAUCUGCAACUAUCUGAAGGAAGAUGGCCAACAGGAAAUGUGGGUAGUGAAGAAGUGGGUGACACAACAGAUUGAGAAGGGAUAUUUGAAUUUCUCUAGUGAUGAUGCAACUUCCUUUUUGACUGAGGUGGCAAGUGAAGAACUGGAAUUCUACCUGCAGGACAACAUAGACCUUGCUCAAUCACAUAUGGAUCCCUUGGUCUACUGGAACACAAAGAAGAGCAUGUGGCCAUCCCUCUCUACAGUGGCAUUCCAGUAUUUAUCAUGCCCUCCUGCCCCUGUCAUUUUGAGGGAAGUACUUGGAAUUGAAGACUUGAUAAUACCAGGAAGAUUUCAGGAGAGCCUUGCAUUCAACAGACUGAACAGGAGCUGGAAAGCUUCAGAAAUAAGUGACACUGGAAGCCAGUCCAUCGCCUGAGAAGAAAAGUGAUGCCACCCCUCUUUGCAGAAGUUGAUGUCUGGUAACCAUUCACAAAGUGUUGGGUUCAUGGAAGGGCAUGACACACUAGGUCACUGGCAUUACUGGGAUUUUGCAACACGUGGUGCUGAUAACUAGGACUGUCUUGCAUUGCUGCAUCUUUUUAAAAUUUCUUUGCAUGAAACAGAAUUGGGAUAUUGUAUUAGAAUCUACACCACAUCACGAUUUGCAGAUGUAAGGGUUAUUGACAUAUGCAAAUAUAUGUUGCUUAAUUAUCAUACAGUGAAUGGAUCUGACUUGUUUAAAUAAAAUUUACCAAAACCUCA